GUCCUGUUUUUGACUACCCCUCUUUGUACGCUUUAGUGAGAUCUCCUUGAUUGCACGCGCUAACGUCCUCGUGCCGCCUGUCAGGCUUCAUCCGACUAGUGCCCGACCGAAAACCACCUGAACCCGGUCUUUUCCGCGUCCACCAGCGGCCUGCUCCAGCCUUUUCCUCUGCACUCCGUGCGCGAAAUAAUAUCGCAUGUCCUCUAUCCAGAACCUCAACUCUUUCGACCCCUUUGCUGAUGCAACUAAGGGUGACGACUUACUCCCGGCAGGGACUGAGGAUUAUAUUCAUAUAAGAAUCCAGCAGCGCAACGGCAGAAAGACUCUGACCACAGUGCAAGGCAUUGCAGAUGACUACGACAAAAAGAAGCUUGUAAAAGCUUUUAAGAAGAAAUUUGCUUGUAAUGGUACUGUGAUUGAACAUCCAGAAUACGGUGAAGUGAUCCAGCUCCAGGGUGAUCAGAGAAAAAACAUCUGCCAAUUUCUUAUGGAGAUUGGCAUUGUUAAAGAAGAACAGCUGAAGGUUCAUGGUUUCUGAAAUGUGGAUAACCUAACUUCUGUCUGCCAGUGCUGGCUUCUUUGUGAAAUACAAAUUGCAUUAGAAGGACUUUUAACAUGUAUGAACAUUCAAGACUAGGUCCUUUUUUGCAUGACUACAGAGCGUGUGUUAUAUGUAGGCUAGUAACAAAUAAAGAUAGCUGUGGGAUGGUAAAAUGGCAUCCUGGGGAGUUUUAGCACAUUUCCAAUGGAAGUGUUUUAGUUUAGAAUCGUCACUUUUUCCACUUUGAUUUAAUGUUUUUGUUGUAUUAAACAUGCGUGUUGCUGCCUAAAA